AUGGCCAUCCUUUAUGGACCAGGGCCUUCUUUGAAAGGGGUUUGCAGCACUCGUUCAGAUACUUAUAAAGAGCUCCAGGGUCAGUGUCUCAGAAUUGUCUUCCCCGUGUCUCCUGCUAGGCUUUACUGCUGCUAUGCAGUGAUCAUCGUCCUCACUGUAGCUGUGGUUGGACUUUCUGUGGUUCUGUCAUUGUCAGGAAAGAAAGAACAGACCUCAAUCAAAAAUACAUAUGCUGCGUGCCCAAGAAUGUGGAUUGGAUUUGGAAAUAAAUGUUUUUAUUUUUCUGAAGACUUGGGAAACUGGACAGUCAGCGAGAGCUACUGCAGGGCACAAGGUAGCCAAUUAGCUCAAAUUGACAACCAAGAGGAGCUGAACGUUUUGAAUAGAUUCAAGGGGGAUUCUGCCACCUGGAUCGGCCUGCACAGAGAGUCAUCAGAGCAUCCUUGGAUGUGGACAGACAGCACUGACUAUAACAACUUGUUUCCUAUCCGUGGAGAAGGAGAUCAUGCCUACCUGAGUGACAGAGGGAUCAGCAGUGGCAGGGACUACAUACGUAGAAGGUGGAUUUGUAGCAAACCCACCAGCUAUACUUUACAGUGUCCAGGAGUCUCACAGCUUGUGUGUGAUGGUCAUACCUACAGUGCCUUCACUGAGGGACCAGAGAUGUGCAGAGACCUGGAACUCCAGUGGAUUCUGCCCCCAGAUACCUUGCCCAUUCGAAACAUCUCCUUGUCUCUGGGCAACAAGAGCAUAUCCCAGACUGGUGUUAGUGGUAGUGUACGAUCACCCUGGCUCUGA